AUGUCAAAACACUCCUCGUUCUUAUUGUCCCUUAAUUCAUUCAUUUCUCGUACAUCCCGGGGUCUGCAACCACAACUCUAUUCUCGCAAUGCGUCGACAUCUUCACCCGCACCAGUCGGAGGGGGACCUCCGCGGGACGAUAACCUUCCUCCCCCCACCAACAACAAGAUUGAGACAGAUUCAUUAGCGGAAGACAAGAAUAUAAUAGGAGGAUUUACUCCGAAGCCACUCAAUCGCCCUCUGGGUCUUCCUUAUCCCCCACAACCAGGACAGAAUACGGGUAUCGAUACGAGGACACUCCGUCAACGACGGGACGAUUUUGUAGACUAUGAAAAACAUAUUGAGCGACGGAAGGAACUGGUCCGACAAGCUGCCAAACCUUACUUUCGUGAAUGGACAAAUAUGCGCUAUCACAAGGGCAAAACCUUCAUAUCCAACACCCGCCUCUUCAAAGCCGAUAAAGCCCUUUACUUUCCCAAUAUAUACGGCCGCACACUCUCCCCUUCAACACCCAUGCAGGACACCACCCCGAUCCUUCGUAGCAAGAUAUCCGUCGUGAGCAUAUUUUCCAGCCUCUGGGCUGAGCGCCAAGUCGCCUCCUUUGUGAACCCGCAGAAAAACCCUACACUGCACCAGAUUUUGAAAGAAUCGCCCAAUGUGGCUCAACGGGUUGAGAUUAAUUAUGAAGACAAUGCGCUGAAGGCGUGGCUGAUACGCAUGUUCAUGUGGCGGAUGAGGAAGAAGAUGCCGCGGGAGCAGCAUGAUAGGUAUUUUUUGGUCAGGAAAGGGUUGACAGAGAGCUUGAGGGAGAAGAUUGGGAUGAUGAAUAGUAAGGUUGGGUAUGUUUAUUUGCUGGAUCAGGAGUGCAGGAUUCGAUGGGCUGGGAGUAGUAUUGCAGCAGAGGAGGAGAUGGAGUCUUUGAAUAAUGGGUUGCGGAAACUAAUUGAGGACAGGAGGGUAUGGAAGGGUCUCAAUGCCCUCUCACAAAAGACCGAAGGAAAUGUGUAA